UGAGAGAAAGAGAGAGAAAGGGAGGGCAAAGAGACAUGUGACUUUUACAAGGGUACAAGGGGGUGAUUAUCAGUGCCCCUGAUCCUUGCCCUGUGUAUGCGGGCUUGGCGGGCGCUGAUUCUCUUUAGCGCAACGUCAUUUGAUAACGUUUUCGCGCAAAAGGGGCCGGGCCGUCUGAGGAUUGUGUGUGGCUUGCGGGUGCUGAACUGGUUUCGGUCAAGACACGCGAGAGUGGCGUCUUCUGGUGCUGCAUGGAAGGUUUCGGGGGAUGGCUUCGGUGUCUUUUCUAGAAAGAAAAACACGAAGCCGCGCAAGAAAGGAGGUCAACGGAGAGACAGGUUGACUGACAGCCUGCUUGCCAGACACCCGACAUCUGUCAACCACGAGGUUAUCACCGCUCAGACAGCUUACUCCCAGGUCCUUUAGCCGUACCGCCAUGCUGGAACGAGGUUGGCUGGGUAUGUACGGCAAUGAAUUGAGGAAAGUGGUAUCUGUUUGGCCCCUGGAAGACACUCUCUCACACGUGGAGAACAGCUUACUGCUGGGCAGGCGAGACACCCCACAUCAAGACCACCUUGCGCAACCAUGCCGUGCAGAUAGACAUGUCGGACCAAUCACGCCCGUCUGAAGCGCAAAAGAGCUCGUGGUUCGAUGUCUCUUCCCAGCCGCCAACCGGACGAAUUUGGUGGCAGAUCCGACACCUGUGGACGCCAACCUCGAGAGAGGAUGACGGGGCUCCAGUCGAGAUCCACAGAGAACAUCUAGACCCUGUUGAUCUCUCGUUUGGGGGUCGCUUUCUGGCUGCCGAUCACGUUUGGCGAUUUGAGCCUCUUUUCACCUCAACAUCUUCUUUAACAUCACUUUGCGCCGAGGCAGCUCGUUGACGAGCCUCAAGCAAGACACCUGCUCCUCAGAACAGGAGCCAUGAGCCAGCAACCAUGACUCUCUACUCGUCUCCGCCUCCGGCACGGCCCUUCAGCGAGGACAAGCCGACUCUCUUGACAUCGUGGUGGAUCACGCUGCUAUGUGCCUUCAUCAUCCUCCUCCGUCUCGUGGGGCGGUUUGUGCGGGUCGAGAAGCUGUUUGGAGAGGACAAGGUCGCCGCUCUGGUGUUGAUACCCCUCUUCCUGCGAAUGGCCUUUGUGCACCCCAUUCUCUUGUUUGGAACCAACAAUGUCGAGUUGAACGAUGAGCUGGACUUGUCGGACGAGGGGCUCCGGCGGCGGGCCAUUGGGAGCGGACUGGUGCUGAUCAGUCGUAUGCUGUACGCAGUGGUACUAUGGCUGCUCAAGCUGGUUACUCUCGAGUUCUUUGAUCGUCUGGUUGGAUCUUCUGGGAGGAACCGCUACACCUUGCUCCUUCGGUCGAUGCGCAUCGCUUUGGUCGCGACCUUUGUGGCGGUUGUCGUCAGUGAUCUUGCGGAAUGCCAGCCGUUCACAAAGUACUGGCAGGUCAGUCCGGACCCGGGACCGCAGUGUCGUCAGGGCUACGCAAACCUCCUCACAGCAUCAGUUUGCAACGCGGCUACCGACCUGCUGCUGGUUGUGUUCCCUGUGCCCAUUGUCAUACAAAGCCGACUGCCGAUGGGACACAAGUCGCUGCUGGUUGCCCUCUUUUGUCUCCACAUCUUCACGGUGGUGGUGACCAUCUGUCGGGUGCCUCAGAUCAUCAGCGAGCAGGGAUACCAAGCGACGAGGACGACAUGGGCUUCGGCCGAUAUCCUGAUGGCAACAUUUGCGGCCAACGCACUUACCAUCGGGACGUUUAUGAGAGACAAGGGUGUCAAGAAGAAGAAGUUCAAAUACGAGCCGACAGAGUCGCAAAACAGAAGAAACUCGAGGAAGGAUUCGAUGGCCAUCUCGAAGAAGCCGUCCUGGGAUGAGGAUGAUGACAUGGAGGCGGAUUAUUCUGAAGGAAAACGCGGAGGGCUGAGUCGUACAAAGACGCCCGACAUCUCCUCGACACCAGGAGAGGCCGAGCAAGCCAAGAGGGAGAUCAAGUCCCCCAGGGUGCACCACAGCAGUCGGUCAGCCAGCAUGGACUCGCUGAUUCCUAGGGGUCGACAGACACCUGCCACCCAAGUGGUCAAGACCACCACUUUUGAGAUGACAGUCUCGUCGUCUGAUGAUCAGGAACAUGUUCGGUGCAAAAAGGAAGCCCACGUAGGGCUCUGUCUGACCCCCAUUCACGGGGUGGUGACAGCGACGGCAAACGGACGAGGGAGGGGGUCCAGCAUCCUUCUUCGCGAGAUGAAACCGAUGCCAGACACUCACAACGAGGAGACGGAGCAGCAACAGCGCUGACGGGUAGAUGCGAGGCACCUUAACCUACGAUCAGUUUUAGUGUUUUUAGUGUUUACUUUCUGAACAUGAUGAUACCUACCUGA